AUGCUCAAACUGCAGGUUGUUUUGGUUCCUCCGAGGGCAUUAGAAUUCAUUCAGCCGGCUGCCGGAUUGACCAUUCCCCCGUCCAACAAUACAUUAAGCAAUACCUCAACUCUUUUUAAAAAUGGAAUCAAUCCGUACGAUAGAUCGUUGAAGGUGCCUUCGAACAACUCAGUAUCUCAACUGAACAGCAAUGUGCGUAACCUGCUGUAUGCAAGAACUCAGUUUGAGAAAUGCGUGAAAAAAUUCCUUGUUUUGACCAGCCCGAAUAAUACCCUGUACGAACUUUCAAAUAUAAUCAUGGAUAAACUAGAUAAAAUGUAUCGAGAUAUGGACGAUGAUUUUCAGAUAUGCACCCUGCAGGAUAAUAAAUGUAACGAUUUGGAUCCCGACUUUAUUAUCAAGGAUGUGUUCUGCAUGAAUAAUGUGGUCAGAGUGUUAAUAAACAAGAACAUCGAGUUUGACAAAUAUUCGGCAGUUUCGAAGUACCCUCAGUUGAAAAGAAGAAAACUAAACGGGAAAUUUGAGGAGCCUGUUCAGAAUUCAGGUCAAAAACUGCAUGGUGAGGUUUUGGCGAUCUCAAAGAAGAGACUAUCGAAGCCUGCACCGAGUCCAUCGUCUAGUACAUCAGGGUGUAAGAUCGCCGUGCCAUUUACGAGGGUUGCUACAUCGUUGUCUCAAGAACCUUAUAGAGAUAUUGACUCCAUAAUGCUGAGCUCGACUGGAGAUGAGUCAGAUUUGGGACAGGGGACAACCUUCCAACCGAAAUCCAUUUUGAGUGGUUUGACCGACAAACCUACGGGAAAACUUGUCCCUGACGAUAUCACUUCGAAAGCACCGAAUGGGAACUACAAAAAUGGCAAAACAUACUUGCAGGUACCACAGCAAGAAACUCUGCUCGGGACACCAAGGAUAUCAACCGUUACACCAAAUAAACUAACCCCGCUGGAUACUAAUAACGAUUUAAUUGAUGUGGAAGAACCAGAACCAAUGACCACCGUUAUUAGGCAUCCUCCACAGACAGUUAUUACUCCCAAGUAUGCAAAUUCCGAAAACGAGCCUCCUAGCUCGAAAAAACGAGGUGACAAAUCGGUAGAUGAAGAGUCCAAAACUCUUCGUAGUGACCUGAAGAAUAAAAUCUCGGGAAGGAGGGUCCCCAGAUCUUUAGAGAGAACUUCAGAAACUGAUAUACGCAAGAAACAUGAACUGUUACCCAGUAGGAAGAUGUCUUUGCAGCGACAACAGAGCUCGAUCGCCGAUGAUAAAGGAUCCCCAAUGAAAAAUGUAAACGGCACAAGUGAUGGGUCGAUCUCAGACCAGGUACAUCUUGCUGAAUUACCAGAUAAAAGAAGAAAGACUGAGAGUGUUGAGACUGAUAAGCCAAAGACCAAGGGUAAGAGCAUAUUUGAAAAGAUUAUGGAAAAUAAGCAUUCAGAGCUGCAAAUCGUGAACUCGACGAAUAAAACUACAGGUAAUAGCGAACUCGUACAGAAUCGACCAAGCCAGCACUCUCCCUCUGUAGAGACGACCACAAAAUUUACUUUCGAUCCUGCGAGUAGGAUCUUGAGCAGUAAUGAGAAUGCACAUAUCAGCGAUCAAGACUCCCAACAGAAUGACUCGUCUUUACAUUCUCUCAGUAACUCCAGUUUUCUGAAAUCUGAUCUGAUAGAAAUGUUUGCUAAUAAGGACUUUGAUCAUUUACCCUGGCUAGGAGGUAGUUCGAGAACUCAUAAAAUUUCAUUACCGAAUGGGAAGUCUAGAAAAAAGCCGUAUCUCACAGUACUCAAUAAAGAUAUUGAUAAUUCGCGACCAGAUCCAAGAAAUAUUCUCCCAUCAAGGAUAACAAGGAACGCUGCCAAAAAGGCUGCUCAAAAGCUUUCUAGUCAGAACUGGGUGGCAGACACUGCUCACCCCACAACGUCGAGUGAAACCAGUGGCGGAGGAGAACUAUAUGACUCAGAAGAUUAUUCCAGUGACAGCUCUACAGGCAUUGUGACGGAGGUUUCUUCUGAAGAUGAACCUGCUCGAUCAUUUGAGCCGGAGAAAGAUUUAAAACUUGUGAGUCAGAGUUUGAAAGAGAGGGUAAUUGAAGACCAUGUACUUCAAUCCUUGAAUGCCAAAAUAGAUCAGCCCACAAAAGAAUUAGAGAAUAAAAAGCAACAAGAUAAGACAGUUUCUUAUAGAGGUUUGAGCUUAAAUUGUCGAGAAACGGGUCCAAUUGCUUCAAAGGAAACCCUCUCCAAACGUAUAGAAGCAAAUUCUCGGGCUCUAGGAUUAGAUCCCGCCGGAAACCUCCGUAUCAUUGGUGGUCAUUCUUCAGCAGAUAACUUCAUUGCAUACACAUCAGGUAAACAGAGAUUGGCCAAAAAGGAUAUUUCAUCAAAAGGCGCUAGUCUUGGUAAUACUGAGUACAGAGCAAUACGUCAUAACUUUCCACCACUUUUGACAGCUAAGAAUUCUCAAAUCCAAAAUACCAGUAACCGUACUAUAAAUACAACCAUUGCAACAACUGGCCAAGUCACUAGUAGUGGAGCAUCACUUAAUUCUGCUAAUCUGCGUUCUCAAGAGGUUGCUAAAAAACAGGAAACAAGUUUCCAAUCAUCAAACAAUGAUGCACACGAUUGUUCAAGGAGCAAAUCUUUAGCUCAUCUGGUCAAAGGUCUAUCUUUGAAGCUGCCGUCUCAAUCUAAAAAAAAAGUAUGUUUCAUUCGCCACCGCAUAGUCUAG